UUACCCAAUCGUGGCAUUAUAAUCUGUGGUACCCUCCUCCCACUUCUCACCACCCCAUUGCUUUCCACCUCGCAUAUCUCUGUAGCUGCAGCCAUGGCCACCGGGCAACGCUCGACCCCAUCGUUCUUCAACUUCCUGAAGGAAGGCCUGCUCCUCCCUGCCCAGAACAGGAGGCUCUUCGCGGCAGUCUUUGCAAUCAUCAUCGCCUCCACUUCUCUACUACUCCUCGGCCAAUUCCUCGCCGUCAAGCCCCUCUUAGAUGAGAUUAGCAUCGACACCAAGGCGCUCAACAGCACCGACCCCCGUAGCCUAGACUUCGUUCACCUCAUCCAGGAGAUACAGGUUGACACCCGGGAUCUCAUGAUUACCAGCGCCGUCUAUCUCCUGGUGUCCCUCAUCAUUGGAUCGGUCAUCCGGAUCAUCGUCCUCUUCGCUGCCGUCGCGACAUACUCCGGUGAGCUGCACACCAUUGCGUCGCUCCUCGGCAAAGCGAAGGCGCAGCUGAAAGGCCCCAUACUAACGCUCGCCUUCGUCUAUGCGCUGGAGAUCGCCUAUCUCGUGCUUGUUGUGGGCCUUGUGGCCAUGGCUGGGCUUCUCUCCUACCUCAUGAUCAAGCAAUACUUCGCCUUGUUACUCGUAUGCGCGCUCGUCAUCAUCGCGUCCAUCUUCGCCGUGUACUUCUCCUUCAUCUGCUCCCUGAGCAACGUCGUGGCGGUCGCUGAGCCCGGGUGCCACGGCGCUGGCGCGGUUGGGCGGGCGUGGCGGCUGAUGAAGGGGAAGCUCCUGCGGGCCGUGCUUUUCAUCUUCGUGACCUUCGGGCUCGCUGCCGCCUGCUGGCCCGUCUACACCCUCGCCAAGACGUGCGCCAUUAGUAACAUGACGUUAGGGUUGCUCUUGGGGUUAUUGUACACCAGCCUGAUGGCAGCCUUGCAUGUGUUUACCUUCUGCGCCAUGACCGCGUUCUACUACGAGUGCAAGGGGAGCACCGAGGCCUUGGCCACGGAGUACAUCGAAGUGUCCACCGAAGAGCAAACAAAUGUUUGAUUAUCAGUUGCUCCACCUCUUCGUUCUCUGCACUGUGCAUAUAUCGUGUUAUUUUGAAAUUGAAUUAUAUUCGCUGUUGCGGCUGCCAAAUGUGUAAUACUCUAUCUUUAUAUUUCAUUUGAGAAGAA